AUGAAUUAAAAUACACUAAUGCCAAUAUUGUAUUUAGGAAUGAUUAGUUUUGAAUAACAACUGUUUAGUUUAUAUUUUGACUAUUCGAAAACAGGGAAACAAAUAAAUGAGUAAAUAAAAAAUGAAAUGAGAAUCAUAGGAAAUAAGGAGAUCAAUAUGUUAAAUUCUGAAAUAGAUGCAAGAGAUAUCAAAUAAAAUGUUUAAUUCAAAACACUAUAUAAUAUCAGAUUGCAAGAGUUCAAACAUUCAUGUACAGUUCCAAAUGUGUAUUAUUUGUAUCCAUUUGCAUUACCAUUUUCUUUUAUAUUUCCUAGAAUGGCUACCAUUUGUUUUGGAUUGGGUUUUGGAUUAUAGAGUUUCUUAUUUUUUAAUGACAUCAUAAAGUUUAAGUUGCAAUCUUCCAAUUUGAGAUCAAAUCGAAAAGUCAAGGAAUUGAUGGAUGGAAGUGUGACUUUAUUAAUGGUCUCCUUAGGUUUAAUUUGUGGCAGUGUUAUUACAAAGAGAGGGUUUUCAAAUUUGAUUAGGAUAUUGAAGGAAGAAUAAGCUCUUUCAAAAGAAUUGGCUUUGGCAAAAUAGAAUGCUGGAAACCAUAUUAAAUAAUGA